CUGAAGGUUACAAUCGCUUCUCCCUAUGUGGCGUGUACAUAGCAGAUUUAGUUACACGCUCGGUCUAAAAUUGUAAGGUCCACAUAGACUAGUGUGUUGGUUUUUUUUGCUCCGAACUUUUGUUGUUGUUUUCCUCGCGUCGCGCUCUCUCUCUUCGUCUAAACUCCAUAUUUCCUUCGGGAGCUGUCAUAUAAAAAUUAUAUCAUCCAACUAGUUUUUUGUUGCGGGUGUCACGACGACCACGGUACGAAAAAAAAAACUCGUGAUAAAAACAAGAUCCAGACUCACACCCACACGCGCACAGACACCUACAAGUGCGGGACUGCACUUUGCGGUCGCCGGUCGUGUCACGCACGAGAGUUCCGCUGUCAUUCGAAGCGAACCGUUUGAUCGCUGGAAACGUCAAAUUUCCUCGCGUCAGUGUUGCCAACCUUAGCCCAAUCCAUCCGAGGAAGCCGUACGAAAUUUGGAGAGUGGACCAACUAGGGCUAGUUUUACGGCCUAUCAUCGCUAGUCAUGGCCUACUACUAGCGGCGAAGACCUACACACCAGUUGUUGCACUUUAUUUUGUUUCGUUCGCCCGUUUCGUUUCGUCGUUCGCCUGCUUUGUUGUUGUUGUUGGUGUAUUGCUCUGUAGUUGUUGCAGUUGCAACUGCAAUUGCACACUCGGUCGGUCGGUCGAACGCGCGUAUAGUUCGGGGUUGUGCGGAGCUGCAGCAGCCAACACUAAAACAGUUGUGGUGAAGUUUUCGAAACGCCGAGAAGUGCAAAAACAGAGCGGCGCGCCGAGUUUUUCGCCGUUUUUUGUCGCGCCGCGCGCGAUUGUUUCCUCCGAGUGUGCCUUGCGCGUGUGUGUGUGUUUCCUUCCUCCUGUGUCAACUGUGACAGCGAUCGUGCGUGACCGUGAAGCUUUGUGUUGACACACUGUGAAUCCGUGGUGAAUUUUGCGAAGAAGACCGUGACACGCGCGCUCCUCCAGCGAUCGCUGUAGUGGUGUAUGUGUGAGUGUGUGUGCGCAGUGGUGAAUACCCACUCAACCCACCACCGUCCUUCACGCACACUAGCGUGCAAUAUGUUCAUGUGUGCGCACGUAGCCUACUAGAUCAACAUGACGUUCGAUCGAUGCGUACACCACGCUGCUGUGUGGUGAAUUCAAAGCAUGCUCGCACACAAACGACGUGUGUUAGUGCUCCCGCUGUGAGCACCACUAAAUUGAUAACAAUUGAUUAUUUAUCGCCGCCGUCGGAGCGAUUCGGAAACGUCACUCCAUCGAAAACAAAAGAAAUCAACACCUGCUGCUGCAACAAUGUGAUCACACCAAUGCAUUCCAGCGACGACGCGACGCCACCGGAGUAGGCUGUUGCAUCAGUUCAAGAUUAUUUCACCCACACCCAGCGAAAACAACGCCCAGUAAUUUUACACAGUGAAGAACCGAGGAGAGAGAUAUAAAAACAACAACAACAACAAAAUAAUAAUCAAGUGCAAAGUGUCAACCAGUGUGCUACGUUAGCCGAAAUAAUAAAUAAUAAAAAAUAAUAAAGUGCAUAGAAAGAAGCAAGUGAGGGAGGAAAAAAAGAGAGCAAAACGAGGAAGAUCGAGUGCUCGCGCUGAAGCAACAGGCAACUGACAGAAGAGUAAGAAGAAACACAAGAAGCAACCGCCAGUGCAAACGGAUCGAGACUCGGCGCUUGGUGCUGAGUCCCGGGUUCCGGCGGUUCCCGAGACGUCGUGGUGCCAAAACACGGCGACGACGCCACCAGACUCUGCCGGGAAUGUGCGCUGCACGGCGACGAAAAGUGGAAAGUUUUCCGUUUUCCCCGCCACUUGUUGCAUUUCCAUUGAUAAACAACAAAAGUAACAAAUACAAAAACUACUUUUGAAGCAAAAGUUUUGUGUGACGUAAUUUCAAUGCUAAGCGAAAAGUAAACUUUUAUAACCCUUUAAAGUGUGAAAAAAUAAAGAAGAAAUUUUGAGACGCAGUUUAUCGCCGAGCCCCCAGUAUGGCGGACUGUUCGUACGCACGGUGCGUCCAGGAACGGCGCUACAUUCGACGAGAGCUGGCCAAAUGGACCAAAAAUAUGGUGCACAUUGUUGGACUGGAGCGCGUUGCUGAAGAAUUGAUGGGACGCCGGAAAUGGAAGCACUACCAGGAUGUCCUCACGCGCCAACAGUUGAACCUGCUGGAUCCGAGCCCCAAUUCGGCCACGACGACGACCACGACCACGGUUGUGGACCACCACCACCACCAGCAUCACCACCCGCAUCCCCAGCACCACGAAGGUCACGACCACCAGCUGCUGCAAGCCGUGGCCGGAAGUCCGCAAGUCGUGGGCCCGUUGACGCCCUCGAUGGUGGCGGCGGCCGUUGCGGCCACCGGAAAUCUGCUGCACCAAGGUGGCAGCGGCGGUGGGACGGGCGGUGGUGGUGCCGAGAAGGCUGUGGCCACGGCCGCAAUCGUACGCAACGGACACUACCAGCAACAGCAGCAAGACGGCGACUUUCCCGAGUCCAAGCAGGCCACCAACAAUCAACAAGUGGCCGCCGCCAUCGCAGCAGACAAGCUCCAACAACAACAACAACAUUUUCAUCCAGAGGCUGCUGCGACCCCCGGCAACACCACCCCCACCCACAAGCAGCAGAAUCACUUCAAUGAGAGCGAUUCUUCUUCGACGAAGAUCUGCCCCUCCUCCUCCCCUCCCCCGCUAGCACCCGUCAACUCUUCUUCUUCUUCGUCGACGGUGGCGGUGGGGACGGAUCUCCUCACCAACAACAAUCACCACCACCACCCCCAUCACCCCGCCGUCAGCACCCUACAGCAACAACUGCAGCAGGGUAGCGGCGGCGAUCGAAGGAAGCCACGAGGCGGUGGAACAAGACUAUGUCAACAGCAGCGCGAAGCAGAAGAAGAAGAAGAAGACGAAGACGAUGGAGAAGCUGCCGGUGCCACCUUCGAAGGAGAUCAACCUGCUGACACGAAACCGGUGGUCACUGUGACGUCACCGAUUAGGUCGAGUGAGGGCCAGGAUGGUCGUGACGGGGAGGGGACGGAACUGGAGCAGGGAGAGGGGGUCGGCGCGAAGCUGGCGGGGAUCAAGCGGGAAUCGACAGAAAAUCAAGCCAACUCAAGCACCCCCGAUCAGAGCAGCAAACUGAUCAAGCAGGAAAAUUGCAACAACUUGCUCAGCAGCAAACUCAUCAUCAACAACAACAACAGCAGCAGUAACAACAAUAACAAUAUCCCUCCGUCCACCGACCCGUCGGCGGUUGCGGAGGACGACGGAACGUCCCCAUCCGUCGCCGCCGGGUCGCCCCCGACGGUCAAAAAGAGCGCGUCGCCACCGCCGACGCCCGUCGACUGGAAGCCGCAGGAAAAGUGCUACUUUUGCGUCGACGGCAAGCUGCUCACGGUGAACGAGGCCGGCGAGCUGGUGCCCGAGUCCGGACCGGAAGUGCGCCCCGGCGCCAAGGUCAUCGAUCUGGAUCUGGCCCAGACCCUGCAGGACUCGGACAGCGAUUCGAGCGACAGCAGCGAGCAGGACCUGCGGGAGGUGCUGCGCCGGCAGGGAGCGGGUUCGGCCAAAUCGCUGGCCGCGCUGCUGCGCGGCGCCACCGCCGGCAGUGGCGGAGUGCCACCGACGAUGGCCUCGCUGCAGUCGAUGUUUGCGGCGGCCGCCCUCCAGGGCAUCCAGCCGGGCCUGGCGCAGUUCUACAAUCCCCUCUGGUACAGCCAACUCCAGCAGCAGAUGUCCCCGUCGGGUAGUUCGGCCACGGCAGGAACCACGCCGACGGCGGAGCUGGCCGGAAGUCCCAAGGGUGAAUCGGGCAGCGCAGGUGGCGGUGGUGGCGGCGAUGGGCCGCUGGAUCUGAGCGCCAAACCGGGCACGUCCGGGCUGAACGCGGCCGCCAUGAUGGCGGCCAUGAUGGAUCCGAAGCACUACAAAGCCAAACCCCGCCUGUCGCCCAUCGGAGGUCGUCGGACGUACACCGAGGACGAGCUACAGAACGCCCUGCACGACAUCCUGAAUGGCCGGCUGGGGACGCGACGAGCUGCCGUUCAGUACGGUAUCCCGCGGUCCACGUUGCGCAACAAGGUGUACAAGCUGGCCAUGGAGCACAAGCGCGAGAUGCUGCACAACAUGUCGCUGGCGGCGCUGGUGGACGACGACGACGACAAGGAUUCGGUCGAGGACGGAGACAUAGGUAAGGAGGAAAGCUAUCAACUUAAGCUGAACCAGCAAGCGUUUGCCGAGGCGUAUCUGCGAAUGUACGCUGGAACUCCCAAGCCGGAACCAGGAUCCGGUCCGUCGACGCCUCCUCAGCAGCAAGCGACGCCCGAACCGGCGGCAACGAGUACCCCUACGGUGAAGCCAGUCCAAACGCCCCAAAAAUCGGUGACGCCUCAGUCAGCAGCGCCGUCUGCCGCGAGCGCCAGUAAUUCCAACCUACUCGAUCCUAACCUGUUGGUUCAGCUGCAGAGCCUUCUGCUGGCAGGAGGCAUCUCCGGUUUGACGAAUGCCGCCAAAAGCCCGGAGGAAGCGAAUGCUAUCCAAACGGCCCUGUCGGUACUACCGGAACUGGUCAACAAGCUGGUUCAGCAGCAGGAACUGAUCGAGCAGAUCAAGAAGGCAAACGAACCUCCUCGACCGAGCGCUAGCACGCCCACCCUCAACAAUGGCCAACCGAUCGAUCCGCGACUUCUGCCGUAUCUGCAACAGCAACAGAACAAACCUCGAACGGCGUCCGGAACUCCGGAGACCACGACCUCCUCGAUGGACCUGAACGACGGUGGCAGCGAUGAUUCGCAGGUAAUCCUGAAGAUCCCCUCGUACAAACCCGUUCCCGGUGGUUCUCCGAUGCCAGCAACGGCGGCCGCUCUGUUGGCCACCAGCAAGAACGGUGACCACCAUCACAGUCUGUCCACACCGUCGCCACCCACUGCCCCACCUCCAACGGUGCGUGAUCUCAGCAGUCUAGCCGCUGGCCCCAGUGCAAACAGCAAUAGCGCUAGAUCAGUGCACACCGCUAGUCCCCACUCGCUACAUCCGGCGGCACAUCGCGACCGUGAUCAGCAAGUGCCCGGUCAGCCGCAACCGCCGGUUCUAAACCAUCACCAUCCUCACCACCUGUCGUCCGUGAUAUCGCCGCCGCUGGGCAUCCGACCCCGCAGUAACUCCCAGUCACCGCCCAGCCUCUUGGGCGGCAAGUCGAUGCUGUCCAUCAACGACGUGAUCGCAAGAAGCAUCAGCAAAAACUUCCAACAACAUCACCAGUCCGAUCUGCUCAAGCAACAGAUGGAGAUGGAACAGUACAAGCGGCCAACCAUCUCGGUCAUCAAGAACCUGGGCGGUACGGACAUUUCGCGGUUCGGCCGGGAUCCAAACAUCACGCAAAUGACGGCGGCCCAGCUUGCCAACACUGGCACCGGUGGAAAGGGCACUCGACCAAAGCGAGGCAAGUACCGAAACUACGACCGUGAUAGCCUGGUGGAAGCGGUCAAGGCUGUGCAGCGGGGAGAAAUGUCGGUUCACCGCGCUGGUAGUUACUACGGUGUACCGCAUUCGACGCUCGAGUACAAGGUCAAAGAACGGCACCUGAUGAGGCCAAGGAAGCGCGAGCCAAAACCGCAGCCCGGAUUGGACGGACUCAAGUCGGAUCUCGGGGCGGGCAGUUCUGUGAUGCGGAAUAUGGACAAGAGUAAAAACUUGGCGAUGGGAUCGGGAUCAAAGGGAGGACAAAUGAAGAGUCAGUACCCGGGAGCGUCUCCGAACGGAGGACUCAAAAUGCCAAUGUUUGACCCGGCAUCUAUGGCUUCACAGCUGCCGUACGGAGCUCCGUUUUUGUGGCCCCAUGCGGCGGCUGGUUUCUCCGGGCUGCCCAUGGACUUUGGUCGUCAAUCAGCGGGAGCUGCCGGAGGAGCUGGAUCUAGUGGAACCAAUGCCAACGACAGUAUCUUCGCCUCACCGAUGAUGCAGCGGUUUCAGGAUCCUCAAGGUUCGAAGGGAUCGCCGAUGAACAACUCCGGCCCGAGCGGACCCAAAACUGCGCGAGAACUUGCCGAAAGCAUAUACGACGGAACCAGUACGAACGGAUCGUUGCUGGACGACAUCAUCCGGCACAGUUUGGACAAGAAACCCGGCGAGAUGUCUCACGGAGCGCUGUUCGAUCAGCUGAUGAAAAACAACAACCUGCGAACGACGCCAGCGACAGCGGGCUCGUCCUCGUCGGCGACAGCCGGAUCGGACGACCCGUCCGCAGCCCAUCUUGCCAAGGUCGGUGCUAAGCGCAGUGCCACCAGUCCGCUCAACUUUCUGCCCGAAAUCAUCAAACGGGAACGUGCUAGUCCCGGUGCGUCGUCCACCUCGUCCACGAGUAGCAGUAAACCGCCAAAUGCCACCGCCAGCUUCAACGAUCACCUUCCGCACCACCAGCUUCAGCUCCAGCAGCAACAGCACCAGCACCAGCAACGACAUCUGAAUACCUCCCUCGAUGGCACCGGCACAGCGAGUUCCGCUUCGGAACUGCUUGCCCAGGGCAACCUCGCCGUCGAAAGCAUCCUCAAAAUGCGUGAGGAUCUCACAUCGCUGUCCGCGGCGCACCACCACAAGAGGACACCGAUGGAAGAUCAACACAACGGCGACAACAACUUCCAGCAACAACUCCAGCAGCAACAGCAGCAGCAACUUCACCAUCAUCAACAGCAGCUGUCGCACCGGCUCGUUACCAAGCUGCCAACGGCGGCGACCGACGACAGCUCAUAGAAGUGGCUGCCACGAGAGGCGCUGCUGUUGUGGCGCUCCAGCACGCUACUAGGUUAGAAUCAAAAUGGCGGCAAACAAUGGGAGAACAAAAUGUAGUUCAAAUAUUAUUAUUGUAGUUAAACUGGGGAUAAUGCAUGUGCAAGUGUUAACAAUUUUUAUCCACAAACACACACACACAAAACACACAACUCUUUUAAGCAAAAAAGAAAACGGAGAAUCAAAAUAUUAAUGAUGAUGAAUUAGUAAGACGAAAAUCGCAAAAAAAAACAAAAACAAUACACACUAGUGAAAAGCAUUAGAGAAUGGUUUUUAAGGUGAUGAAGAAGAAGAAUCAUUAGAAAACGCAAGUUUUUUGACAAUCGACAAAUAGGCUCUUGUAAAUUCCGAAACCACACACCUUUCCCUCACUCUACCACCAAACUCUCCUUUCCUAGCGGACAAAAACAAACAAGAAAAUCGCAAAUUUUGGAAAACGUCCCCUCAAACCCCCAACUACCCACAUACUCCUCAGACUAUCUCUCGUACACAACCACAAACAAACAAGCAGUAAGGGAAGCAGCCGAAAAUAUAAAAAAGGUAGGAUCAGUCAAUCAGAAAGUCUGAUUUUUAUAAUAUAACCGUGCGGAGAUGAUUUAUGAGACAAAGAGACAACUUUUGGAGUUUUUUAUCAUUUUACAAACAGCAAGGAACAACAGAGAUAACGCAGUCAAAACAUCAAGUUUUUAGGUAACAUUCAGAAACGACUAUCCCGUCACCACAUCCCUUACCCCCUUAAUAAUUUAAAUAUGACGUAUUUGAAUCGUUUCAUCAGUCCCCACUCUGCGUGAUCCUGUCACAAUUGAUUUUUGAUGUUGCCAUUAGCGCCAAAUUGCUUCAAAUGGCCCCCACAACCUGUCCCCAGCGAACUCUUGCUUCAAACAACAACAAAAAAACGUGAUAAACCACGAAUCAAAUAAAAAUUAUUUCCCCCUGGUGUACAGGAGGGAGAGAGAGAGAGACAGCAGCAAAAAAAAUCAACAAAGAUUAAUUAAUCUGCAUUUGUCAUAUCGGUACAGCUAUCAAAUAGCUACGAUGGGGUGGGGAUGAAUUAAAAAAAAAAACCCGCUACGCACCCUGCCGGAACAACGCACGCGAAUUUUCUUCGCCGGGGCUAGGCCCCGGAGCCAGCAGUUAUCGUCCACCCGGGGACCGCCGAUUGAUGCGGGAUUAACUGGAACCUUUUUUUAUUUUUUUUCCUGUACCCGUGCGGUGCAAGGUGGGUUCAUUUGCCUACUUAUUGAAACGAUCGAUAAUUAGUUAAAAAAAAAGAGUUUGCAAUGUCUAAAAUAUUUGUUCUUUACCUAAAUUUGAAUGUUAAUUUCCAGAUUAUAAAAAAAUAAUUAAUUGAAGUUAGUCGUAUUGUCAAAUUUCAAAAGAAUAUAUUUUUGGACAGCCCACCCAGAAGCUACCCUCUCCAAACAACGUUUCAACCCUUGCCGCAACUCAAUUAAAACAAUCCCCAGUUACUCACACAUUCACGUACUGUAAUGACUGUGAAUUAAGGCGAGGUCGCCGGGGAAGUACCACGAACGACUACAACAGGAGCAGAAAAAAAAUGAAUCGAUCAAACACGCAAUUAUCCAAGCCCUCUCGAUAUACUUUUAUUUUUUGUUUCCCCCCAUUCCUGGUUUUAAAUCAGGAUGAUGAUGUCUCGAUGAAAAGAUCCUUUUUCCCCGGAUAAUUUCAUUAACUUUAGUCUGGAUUUUUCAUCAUUAUGAAAUUCGUUAAUUUUUUUCCACUCCACAACUUAUCCAAUCCUUCAUCAGCUACAGAAAAAAAAACAGAAAUCGUCAACUUGAAAAUGCUUUUUAUGUAAAUCUUUGUCAAACACGGACAAACACAACCAACAGUUUUGGAAAAAAAGAGAUAAAAACAAACUUUUGCACAUUUUGUAAACAAAGUAAAUUAAUGUCGUGGCUAACAAAAUUAAAACAAAACAAAAAACUACUCGUCAAAACGUGUAUCGAUUUAUAAAAAAACGUCAUAUUUGGUGUUCAAAAUUCUAUUCAGAAAAAUGGAAAAAUCUAUCGAUAUAGUAAGCAAAAAAACACAAAAACAGUAUCAAAAAGAAAAAUCGUAAAUAUAUUUAUGUUUACCUUUGAGAAAAUAUAAAAAGCAAAGACAAAAUUUAUGAUGCAUUUUAACAAAAAAAAGCUGCAAAGGAUACAACAGUAAAAUAUUCUAUGUUUCGACGUUUUUAUCUUAAACCAAAUCAAAAUAAAAAUCCACCAAAAAGUAUUUGUGUACUACGUGAAAAAUAUCAAAAUUUAAGGGACAGCAAAAUAUCACAACAAAAAAAGUAAACUCGGUGUUUUAACUAAGGUUACAAGACAAAAACACGCGCACGACUACCACAAGAAAGACGCGUCAGUAAAAUAUAAAAAAUUUAAAUGUUUCGCAUCUCAUUAUCAUUAAUCCUCACAAUUUAUUAUAACUAUCAGUGAAAAUCGCAGGUCGGAAGGCAAACUAUAGAGUGGAAAUUGCCCCCUUCCUUCAUAGCGCAAACAAAAUCCCAAAAAUAAAAAGAAUCCACGCUGCACCCUCGAUUCUGACCCCUCUGUCGGCUGAGAGUGUAGUGAUCAAAAAGUAUAAGAGAAGAAAAAACAAACACAAGCAGAGAAAAAUAUAUUAUAUAUGUGUGUGUCUUCACGUCGCGUAUACCUCAAAAGAAUGCAGAAAAAUGGACAAACAAGAAAAAUUAAACAGCACUAUUGUUUAGCUAUCCCAUUUAACAUUUUCGGUUUUGAAAUUGAUUCCUCAUACAUACCCCCUCAAAACACACAUACCUCGUUCACAUCCCCUAAAAAAUCUAUUCCCCAAAAAAUUAAACGAAAUGAUUUACCAGCUGAACAAAUUUUCUAUUUUCGAAACAACAUGUUUUAAAUCUCAUACCGCUUCGGAAUCAAAACAAAAAUAACACACAGAGAUGAAAGACAGAAAAAAAACAAACAAUGGAGAAAAUUUUAUAUGAAGGUAAAAUUAUACAUAAUAUAUUAUAAUUAAUUAUUGAAAGUAUAUUUAUACACUAUCUGUGAUUGAUAAUCCAAAAUUUUGAUGUAUAUUUUUCUCUAAAACAACAACAAAAAGCGAAAGAAACAUAUUUCGUUAAGUGAAACAAAAAUAUGAGAGAGGAAGUUUCAACAAACAAAAAAGAGAGAAGAAAGUGUGUUUUUGAGCGUAGCUAAAUCAAAACAAAAUCAAACAAAUCUUUCGAAAACUUUCGGUUAACAUUAACAAACACACACGUACAGGAAUACAUCAAUAGAGCAAUCCAGAUAUGAAGUAAACCCAAAAACAGGCCAUUGUUUCCAUUCUUUCAAACACAACAGUGAAGCAACAAACCCGAUUUUAAACACACACACACACAAACAUUUCUGAACCACUUUUUGUUUAUGCGCGAUUCGGUUUAUGAUUCGGCUGCUCGUCACCAAAGUGGUGGCGUUCUACCAACCACCACAACUAUUACAACUACCACCACCAUACCUACAACUACAACUUACUUGUGUUACGAAGCAAAACAACCGAACGGAGAUACCGAUUUGUUUUUGUUAGAAGAAAAAAAGGAGUAAUUUAAUAUUAAAAAUAAUAAAAAAGUGCAAUUAGAACGAUAUAAACCGUAACAUAUUCGUUAUUUAUAUUAAAAAAGGUGAAAACACGGGAGAAGAAAAGAAAACACAUGAUGAAGCAAAGGUAAAAAUAAAUUAAAAUAUAUAGGGAAAAUUAUUUAAUUCUAUAUUUACAAAAAAAAGCAACAAAAAAGGAAAACCUAUGUGAAGUAAGAGAAAGUCUUAUUAAAAUUCACGAGAAAUUGUAAAGAAAAACAGUGAAGAAAAUUAUUAGAGCAGUUUUUGUAUAGGUAACAAAAGAAAACAAAAAAGAAACUUGAACAAACAUGUGACAGCUAAAGGGAAACGCUUUGAAACAUUGAUAAAAGAAAACAAAUGCAUCAAAGAACGCAUUUUCGGUAAAACAAAAGGCAAAAUCUUCAUUCGAGGCAAGCAAAACACACACAAAACAAGUCUGGGUAAGUGUUUUAACAGCAAAACUAAGCGUAAAUCUUAACAAAAAUUAUUGGAGAGACACAAGAUUGAUUACGAGGUAAACAAACAAAAAUACCAGAAACGUUCGGUUCUAUCAAAGAAGAGAAAGUCGGAAUUCCUUGAAGCAUGAUACUUUUUUUUUUCUUUUAUCCCCUCUUAAGCAGUACAACUUUCUUUGAGCAAUUGCUUACAUAACUUAAACAAACGAAAAUCAAAAUCUUUUCUGUUCGGAAACGAACAAAAAUCCUACUGAUAGCUAGUGCAAUCUUUUUUAACAAGCAUUUUCUACUUGUUUUACCAAUUUUUAAGUGAGGAUAGAUAAAAUAACAUACAUCCAAGCGCGAGAAAUUAGUCAAGUUCUGAAACUUUUGGCUGGCAUUAUUCUAACAUACCAACAAGCGAUCAAAACAUCUUAAUGAACAUUUGGUUAGGUUUAUGUUAAAAAAAGAAUGUCAAGCAAACAGGAAUAACCGAAAAUAACAACAUCAAUGUACAAAGUCUGCAAACACCAUCGGCGGACAAACAGCAACAUCUCUUGUUGAAAGGGUUUCUUUUACGUUAAAUAUCAAAAUACUGCUGCUACAAUUUUUAUUUUUCUUUCGUAACAAACCAGACCACCAACUUUGGAUUUUGCAAGUAAACACAACAAAACACUUUUGGCCAACUGGACACAUUUCGGAUUACUGGAAAAAUUUGAACACACACAUACAUAAAUAACAACGCAAGUGUACGAAGCGAACACUGGCGGCACAUCAACACCAACACAAGCAGCCACAGGUCGCGUCGUACACGCGUUAUAUCGUACCGGGUCGAACACACAAACACAAACUCGAACUCGAUAUCAGCGGACCUGACAGUGAUCACUCGACCAUUGCUUACUACUAGUUAUGCCGAUCUUCUUUUGAUUCUCAUGUUAGGUAUCCACUUUUAUCGUGGAGUGUUCGACCCCAAAUUGUACGAAACAGCGUAACAAACUAUUAUAUAAAACAACCAAACUUCAACCUCCCCACAAACAAAUCUAAGCCGACAGUCGAUUGUUACUAUAAUACGCUAUCCAGUGUGCUAUAGUAAUUGAACAAUAGCUAUCAAAACCAAACAUAUGCAUCAAUAGUAAACAAACAAUAGCAAUGGAUAUCUCUCACACAACUACAAACACAAAACACACCAACAAAUUGAAAUGAUUAUUGCUGCUACCAUAGUCGAUAAAAACAAACAAACUUUUACUGCAAUAGUUGACACAACAAUUAAUGCAUUAUUUGAUCACACACACACACACAAACAAUCUCACAAACAACACAACACCGUUUUGUCUAAACUACAAUAGCCUGGUUACGUGGAAGAACACAAGUUCUUCUAUGUAUUUUCUACUGCACAUACAAACAAACAGUUGAUUACCAAUACACACUCACACACAUUUUUUAUAUCUAUCUGUUACUUUUUCUAAAGCAGUAAUAAUUAUUACUAUAAGAAGUUAUAACCCAAUUCACCCCGUUCCCUUUAUCCCUUGAUCCCCAACAACAACAACAACAACAAGAUACACAAACAAAUACAAACUAACAAUUACACACUCCUACAAUAGAACUUAAUCACAAGCACACGCUGCAAAAAUUCAACCAAUCGAGCAGUCCCCCGCGCAGUGCGUCAGAGCUACCGCGUGCGGGACCCCUCGAUUGCCAAAAAUACAAUAGCUGUAAAAAAAAAAAACAAAUCGAAAUGUGAAAAAUUUACAAUAAGAAAACUCCGUUUAAUAAACACCCACACGCACACUCGACCUGGCAAUGGUCUGCAAACAGUGAGCGUGUGUUAAUGCAAAUUUCGUACUACAGUAAUUCCAAUUCUUUUACAAUAGAAUCAAAUCACACAAACACACAAAUACAGUAAUGAAAGAAAGUAAAAACAAAGACAUGUUGCUGGAAGAAUUAAAACAAAAACAAAAAGUAAAGCAUAAAACAAACACAUAGUUAAUGCCAAGACUUGUCGCUUAUUGGAAUGAAUCAAAAACAUGUUUGCCAUUGCGCUGCUUGAGAACCUCGAGAUCACUUCAUUCCGUUUCAGAAUGGAAAUUUACUCAGCAUACGAACAGGAAGUAAUACGAAAGUAAGACGAACGAUUAGUUAAAUGUUUAUUAUGCAACUUAGAUUGAGUAUGCCUAUUCCUCGAGCUCGAUGCAGGAUAACAGAGUAGACUUAUUCAAAGUUUAAUAUUCUUGCUUCGGAAAUCAUUCCGGUGAGACCUGUACUAUUCUUGUUGAACAUAUUUUUCUACACGGUGAGCGAGUUUUUAGGAGAAAUUGAGAUCAACAACAAGAAGAUUUAUCGUCGAGACGAUCGUUUGUUCAUUAGGGUUUUCUUGAGUAUCUGUCAUUAAUAACAACAAUAAACAAAGAAAAACAAACAUACAAAUCUAAGAUGGCUGCCUGAAACAAUAAAACAAAUCAUACAAGUAAACAAAUAGAAUCAUAGUAGUCCAAGAAACAAGCGAGCACAACCACAAACACACCCAUACCCAUACCCCUAUCAGCAAAUGCCUCUACGAAGAACCAACAAAAAAUAAACAAAGCAAAGCAACAAUAACGGAAAACAAAAACAAAACACGUUUUAAUUACUUUGUAUAUGUUUUAUGCUCUUUGGUAGAAAGAAAAAUAAACAAAUUUUACCACCAUGAAUGUGCCAGAAAACGAGACAAGAUUAAUAAGUUGGCCUACAAGCGGCCCAAAAGUAUCCUGUCUGGAAAUCUCCUUUAAAAUUUUGAUAACAAAAAUUUGGUUGAUUUUUACAUUUUUUGUUAAAUCUAUGACAAAACAAGUAAAACAAAACUGUCCACCUCUUUACAGAAAAAAAAUUAAUGCAGUGAAUCACAUGGCCCAAAGCAAAACAAAAGAAUACGUUAUAGAAAAAAAGAAGAAAAAGUCGUGUUUAGAAAAAAUGCCUUAUAACUUAUAAAACAAAAUCAUCAAGAAAAACAACCAUUCGAAGCAUAAAUCCUGUACAGCCAGUUUGGAACUUAUUCAUAAGAAAACAUAAAAAACACACACCAAAAAUAAACGCAUACGCAAAAAUUACUGUGUGACCAUUCUAUUGAAUUAAACUGACAAAAACAUAACACAUUGACACACAUUGUAUAUGGUUGUUUAACAAAUCGUUCGUGGAAGUAAAAAAAACCUAAAAAAUACUUUACUGAAGCACGGAAGUGCAACUUUAUUAGUAACCAAAAAGGAAGAAAUGAACUGUUUUCAAUGUCUAGCAAAGCAAACUAUCAAAAUUAUAUCUCUCGCGAAGGUGGAACAAAAAACCGUGUCACUACUGAAAAACAAGUAACUAUUUUUAUAGGCGAUAGGAAACAAAAUCUUAACUCAUGAUUUCAACGUCUGGCGACUGAAAAAAACGGGGAAAAAAACUUUAGAAAAAAAAACUCUAUUUUAGGCAAUAUUUUGGCAUGAAAACAAACAACUGAGUAAAGAAACAGCCUGUACUAUUUUUAUUUCAUCUUUCUUUAGGAAGAAAUAUAAAGGUUUCACGCUUUCUCAUAGUAAAACAUUAACAAGUGUGUUAACAUUCGUCCUAAACAUCGCUGCUGAAGAAUUUGUCAGAAAUGGUUUGUUUAACAACGCAUGGAAUUGCAAAAAAAAAGUGUAAAUAGCUAACCCCAACCCGUUGGAAAAACAAAAAAACCUUUUUUCCGUUUUCAUUCAUACCGAAUUGGCAAUACUAAAUUGUGAUGAGAGUGGAAAAUUUCCCUCCGUGUUCAAACCCGCAAAACCAAAACUGUAAACAAAAUAAUGGAAUGAUACGAGACUGAGCAGCAAAAUUCUUAAGUACGCAGCCGCGAACGAAACUGUGAUUGGUUAAGUGUGUUCGAAUAUUGAAAACAGGAGAAAAAAAAAACACGGUCGGAAAGCUUUCGCAACAAAAUUGGAAUCAAAAUUGUGCUAAAAAUUGUGAUUUUAGUUUGUAAUUGGUUAGGGAAAAACGCAUAACUCCUUAGGAGCGUUCAAAAUUAUGUCAUUGUGAUAGCGAUUGGUCGACACAAAUACACACACAAACACCAAAGCGGCAACACAGAAUCACACAUACACUAAAUUGGCUGCACGUCAUUCGCUUUCGAUUAGGAGCAAACAUCCAUCUUAGCAAAAAAAAGAUCGUUUUUGUUUUGUUAAAUCGUGGAAAAUAGCUCGCUUUUCCAUUUUACUUUUUGCGGAUGAAAUCUAUGAUAAGGUGUAAACGAAAUGGUGCUUUUGAAUAUUAGGAUGAAGUAGAAACGGAAACCUAACACAUACACAUACACGGAAACUCUAUUGUUUUGACGCUAGGAAGAAACAAAAUGAAAAAAAAAGCUUUUUGUAAAUAUUUUUGUUACUUUCUGUCCGGAAACGAAACACAGCAUAGUCGAAGAAACUCGUGUUUACCAUUUUUCCCCUCAAGAAAACAAAAACGUUAUGGAGAAAAUGCAAAAAUAUUGAUGUGUGAAUAUAGUCAUUAAUCAUCGUCGGCAGUAAGUUAAAAACAAUAAGAAUGGAAAUUUAUAUACAUCCAAAACAAUAAGGAAAAAUGAUAUGUAUGUAUUUUCUGUCCAAAUUUACAUAUACACAUUGAAGAAAAGAACGAUGUGAGGAAAAACAUUUCGAAAAGGAGAACCAUCAAGGGUUACAUGAACUUUAUAUUUUUCUUGAAAUGUCUAAAUGUGAUAUAGGUUAUAUUAAAAACAGACUAGCGAAACAAAAUAAGAUGGAAACCCAUGAAUUAAAACUAAUUUAAAUUUUUAGGAAACUAAAAGUAAACUGGAAAAAAAUAUUUAGGUAUCUUUUAUAAUCAAAACGCAAAAUUUGAUUCGAGAAAAAAUUAAACACAAAAUUAUCAUCAAAAAGCAACAAAAAAAAACAACCCUAAUCGUAAAUGGUUUAAGAAACGGAAGAUCCACAAAAGAAAAAAAAAUACUAUUUAGAGAGCUAUCAAAAUUAUAUACAACUGAAAAUCAAAAACAAAAAUCAUUCAAAACAAAAUCACAUAUGAACUCGUGAACUUUGUGGUCCAAAAUAAAACUAAAACAAAAUAAAACUUUACAACCAGAGGAGAACUUGAAAAUUACAUCACCUUUUGAACCAGUUAAAAGAGACGAUAGAACGAAGUGUUACCUUCAACAGCCAAGAUCACACAGGUAACACACGAUUAAUGACUUAACCAUCACAGCAGUUUUGGUACCCAUUUCGGAAAAUAGCACGGUACCAAGAACAAAAAUCUUUUUCGUGUUUUCUGUUCCGUAAGCCUUUAAGUUUAUAUUCCAACUGACAACAACAAUAGCCACAAUGUACACCAAUACACCGCAAAAGUAAGCAGAAAUCCACAUUCUCACAUACAGCAGCAUCCAUAGCAACCAGUACGAAAAAAAGUUUAUUACUAAAACAAGCAAACACACAUUUACACACAUACACCGUUAACAUAACCAUCACCAUAACUCAAACAAUAGACCAAAAUAUAGCGCCCAAAAAGGGUCUAUUCCCCAGGCACCCGGUAUAAGUUUCUUAUACUACAAGGAAAAUACAGAUACAAAACAGGAUUAAACAUCAACAACUACAGCAGCAAAACAAACAACGACAGUGGGACCCAAACAUGAGCUCAAAUCUGUCGGUUCAAAUGUCAAAUGAGCCGUCAUCUGUCACGUGUACACUCACUCAAACACACACACACAGUAGCAUUCCAAAGGUUAAGCAUUUAGUAAACAAAGCUACAAAACGUAAUUCAGGGACGAUCACCUCGUCAAACAACAUCACAUUCCCAUGGGACGACUCAACAAAACGGUGGUAGAUGACGGUUUGACAGUUGCGCUGACAGCUGACAGCACGUUGUUUGGUUUCCCUCAGAUGAAUCUUCAGGUUUUUUGUUUGAAACAACCCAAACAAAUAACAAUUCAAUCUCCUUUUUGCUCGCUCACUUCUCGCUUUGAAAAACGAGUGUGAGCAAGAGCGCAAAGAGACAGUAAAAAUAUCUAAUUUUUAUAAUAUGCACGUGACUGAUCACGUGGAAACACCGGUUUUCGGUUACAAAUAUUAUUUUGACCAUUUUCGUUUAGGUUAACUACGAAAAGAUGGAACAUAAAACAGAGAAAUCUAUCAAAACGUUGAAUACCAUUCCAAAAAAAAAUUCUAUCUAAAUACCGAUGAAACGGAACAGAAUGGAAAAGUAGGCAAGCAUGCAAGAAUAUUGAUUAAUUUCAUUAUUGUUACGUUAAAGUGUUUAUCCAUUUAUAGUAAGCUUAUAUUUUUGUCAAAUAUUUUUUAUUACCUCUUACAAGAUGUCAGUUCAUUUUUUUAUUGCUUAUAAUCGUUUUUAUUCUAUUUUCACCAACUUUUUAUCAUCUAUCUAAUUUUAUUGACUUUAUUACAAGAGCAUUAUUGAUUUUAAAAAGACAACUGCAGUUAUAUUUUUUUUCACUGUAGAUAAUUAGUUAUUUGCGCUACAAGCUCCGUCUGAGGAGUAAUUUCAGCGCAACUGUUUUCAAAAUUAUUGGUUUAUCACUUAGUGUCUUUAAGAGUCUGUUAUUUUCAAACAAAGAAACAAGCAGUUAAUUUACGUUUAAGUUAAAAGUUUUAUUUUUAAGCUUAGUUUUCGAAAACAGUGGUAGGAAAAGAAGCGAUAACAAUGUAAGAGAAACGAAUCAAUAUUCUUAGGCCAACAAAUCUCCUAACGCAAUGAAGCAAGGUGGGAUGAAAAGCAUUUUCUACUUAACAAAGGCAACAAGCAGAAACUAGGGGAAACACAUGUAACCACAGGCACGCGACUGAACAGUUGCUAAAGAAGAGCGAAUUUCGCUGAACAAGUAUAGACGCAUAGGAAAGAAAGGAAACUGUUUCGCAAAUAAAAAAAAACAAGUUAAACAAAAAAGGCAUAUGAGUUAUCAGUAACAUAAGAAAGAAGGAAAUAUAAGUGUAAAAUAUUGUAAGUUAUGCAGAAAGCUCUAGAGAUAAAUUAAUUGAUCAAAGGAAACAAACAAUAGGAUUUAUGAACAGAAAAAACGGAUAAAAUAAGGAUGAAUAAUAAUAUGACACAUCAAGAAAACAAAAAAAUACAACAUGAUUCAAGACAGUAAUAGUACCGCUUCGAACAUUAAACCUGUGCUAAUCUUUUGUUUUGAAUUCUACAUGUAAAUAUGAAAUAAAGAGCAAAUUUCAGUACGUUAUGUUUGUUGUUGUUUUGAGUCUUGAGUUUUGUUUCAGUUUGUCCCACGAGCGUUUGUGUACAUACAACAACUAGUUUGUGAUGGACCUUUUCACUGAGUUCAAAAAAUCGUUGUUUAAACUAAACCAAACACAGAAAUGAUUGGAAAAGAUACAGUUUAAAUGAUAAUUUCUUCGAUAGUUCUUGAACAAAAUUUGCAUUACUAAAAAACCAGAAAAUUUAAAUAUCACACUGUACACACAAAAAACAAACGAUUGAUAAUUUUCCAUGCAGAUACAAAAAAAAAGUUGAAAACUCACAAAAAAAUCACUUCUUACAAUAGACAAACCAGUAAAUAACAGUUUUAAGAAAAUAGUCCAAUUACCUAUUAAAGAAUGCAGAAAAAGUUGAUAAAACCAAUACACAAACAAUAGGAGUGCGGUGCAAAUAGCAAACAAAGCGCAAACGGAAACAAUCCUGAUUUAAACAUCUGAAAAAAACAAUAGCAACAACAGAAUAACAACAGAAGCAACAGGGAAGAUCCGAGCUUCUCUGUGCCACAAUAACAGUCCAACAGUUUUUAAUAUAUGAUUUGGCGGAUGCUGACUUGGCGCGAAACCGCGAAUGUGUGUGCGCUUAGUGCGCUCGUAACAGCGUGACAGUUGGUGAGAGCGUGUGCGCCGCGAGCGAGUACGUAAAUUUGCAGAUUUAUCAAUCAUUUCAUUUCGAGACGAGAGGCUUUUUGAUUUUUAGGAGGGUUAGCAAAGCGUUUUUCGACAGGCCAGAAUCAACCGCGAGCAAAGUGUCGACUAAGGCCCAAAUUUGUGCCAGUUUAAGUUGUAAGCGUAUAGGGAUAACAGCGACACACAUUACUUAAGUUUGGUAGGGUAAGGUUGCGUGUAGGUUUUAGUUUGUGUAUCAUAAUCUGGACGAAAUUCACCGCAGCGAGAAGCGCAGUAGGAGGUACGCCGCACACGGAAAGACAAAGUGCUAAGGAGGCAUAGAUGGUUAGAGAAAGAGAAAAAUGUGGUUUUCUAUUUUAUGUACAGAGAAAGAUUCCUUCCAUGGGAAUACAAAGUGUCGGGAUCAGUAGCAAGCAAAUUAAAUUAAGAAUGUUUAGUUUUUUUUUGUUUUUAUUUUAAACUUAUAAUUUAAAUAGAAAACAUACGCAAGAAGCCAAUGGUUAACUUUUAAGGCUAGCCCCUAAGGGAUGUAAUUUUUACUCAGUGUUAAGCAAUAUUCAUUUCGUAUAACAAGUACAAUACAUUAUUUAGCAAGACGUAAAGCAGUUCAGUUAGUUUGAAGUUACAAUUAUGACGAUAGCUAGUGAUAAAAGGUGUCGGUUAGGUCGCAAGCGCAAGCUACAUCAACCAAGUCAGCCAUCGAUGCACUAACACACACACAAACGCCAAUUCACCUUGCAGCAAUGUUACACUCACACCGAACAAUAGACAAGAGGAUGUUUUUGUUAGUUCCAUUUUAAACCGAAAAAAACGCAAAAUAUGCUCCAGUAAACAGAAAAAAGACAAAACUCAAAGAGACUGAAAUAACCAUUUAGAACGACAAAAACGAAGCUUACUGAAAAAAAAUUGGACUUUACGCUUUAGUUUAAAUCGCGAGUCAUUUUGGGACCAUCACCUAUCAAAAAACAAACAGCUUCUAAAGACCCAUAUCUAAAUCAAACACACACAACAAAAACGCGUCAAAAUAAUGUUGGAUACGAUAACUUCCAUGCCUUUUUAUGUAUGACGAAUGCCAGUGCUGGUGUAGAACCGGCAGGUCGGCAGACCACCUGUAGCCGAUCACGCCAUUUCCAGUAUUUUUGGCACAAGGAAGAGCAGAGACCGCUCGAAGAAAGCAUCUAAAGAUGCACAAACUUAACUGAGAACAAAGAAAAAGAAACAUCGGAAUCAAUAAAUCACAUAUUAACACAUUGUGGGAUUGUUAUCACGAGAAGAAAUUUAACAACAGCAAGCAAGUAAAACUGCAACGCUGACAAGUAGUUUCAAUGCAGAGAACCAAGCUGCAAAUUCAACUUGUAGAAAAAAAACAAAGACAGGAAGCUCCUACCAAAUCAAAUCAAGAAACAAAAUGCAUUGAAAACAAACAACAACACAAUUUUGCUAAAUGUUCGACGGAAAACCAGCUACAAACAACAAGCUUGACUAGAGGAAAAACCUAUGCAAACACGUUGUAUUGAGAACAAAGUCAAACCCGACACAAGAAAUGAACGAUGCAAAACCAAAUUUGCAAAGAAAGGAAGAAAAUGAGAAAACACAUAAAUGUACGACGGCGGAAAGCAAAACGUCAAAGCGGAAUAUAAUACAACAAAAAUAUAAUAAUAAUUAUUGUAAUAUAUUUAUAAUGUGAAUUUGGAAUAUAACCAGUAUUUAUUAUACUGUAAUAAAAAUAUAUUUAAAAAUAA